GCGCAAUGGGGAGGCGGGAACAAGGGGGCGUGGCCUUGCGCCGGCGCUGCCCGCCCCCGCCCGCCGCGGUCAGUCGGGCGGCGGCGGCGGCAGCGGGAGGCGGCGGAGGCGGCUCCGCCGGGCUGAGGAGCGGACGCGGGGAGGCGGCUCGGGAUCGCGACACGAUGAGGCGAGUGGUACGACAGAGCAAAUUCCGGCACGUGUUUGGCCAAGCGGUGAAAAACGACCAGUGUUACGACGACAUCCGCGUCUCCCGCGUCACUUGGGACAGCUCGUUCUGCGCCGUCAACCCGCGCUUUGUGGCGAUCAUCGUAGAUGCCAGCGGCGGCGGAGCCUUCCUGGUGCUGCCUUUGCACAAGACAGGCAGGAUUGACAAGUCCUACCCCACAGUGUGUGGCCACACAGGACCGGUGCUGGACAUCGACUGGUGUCCCCAUAAUGACCAGGUCAUCGCCAGUGGCUCCGAGGACUGCACCGUCAUGGUGUGGCAGAUUCCUGAGAACGGGCUCACGCUGUCCCUGACGGAGCCGGUGGUGGUGUUGGAAGGACAUUCCAAGCGAGUUGGCAUCGUGGCUUGGCACCCGACGGCGCGCAACGUGCUGCUCAGCGCAGGUUGUGACAAUGCAAUCAUCAUCUGGAACGUGGGGACAGGUGAAGCCCUCAUAAACUUGGAUGACAUGCACGUGGAUAUGAUUUACAACGUGAGCUGGAAUCGCAAUGGCAGCCUAAUCUGUACAGCUUCCAAAGACAAAAAAGUUCGAGUUAUUGACCCCAGGAAACAAGAAAUUGUUGCUGAGAAAGAGAAAACCCACGAGGGAGCCCGGCCCAUGCGAGCCAUUUUCCUCGCCGAUGGAAACAUCUUCACAACCGGCUUCAGCCGCAUGAGCGAACGGCAACUUGCCCUUUGGAAUCCUAAAAACAUGGAGGAGCCAAUAGCCCUUCAUGAGAUGGACACCAGCAACGGGGUCCUGCUGCCAUUCUACGAUCCGGAUACCAACAUUAUUUACUUGUGUGGCAAGGGUGACAGCAGCAUCCGCUACUUUGAGAUCACAGAUGAAUCCCCCUACGUUCACUACCUCAACACCUUCAGCAGCAAAGAGCCGCAGAGGGGCAUGGGGUUCAUGCCAAAGAGGGGCCUCGAUGUCAACAAGUGUGAGAUUGCCAGGUUCUUCAAGCUUCACGAGAGGAAGUGUGAGCCCAUCAUCAUGACGGUUCCUCGAAAGUCGGACCUCUUCCAGGAUGACCUGUACCCCGACACCGCUGGCCCGGAGGCAGCUCUGGAAGCAGAGGAGUGGUUUGAGGGGAAGAACGCCGAUCCCCUCCUCAUCUCCUUGAAGCACGGGUACAUCCCUGGCAAGAACAGGGAUCUCAAGGUGGUCAAGAAGAACAUACUGGACAACAAGCCCGCAGCGAACAAGAAAAGUGAUCUCAUAAAUGCUCCAAAGAAAGCAGCUGAUGCCUCAAACACUCAAAACGAAGCCAAAUUGGAUGAGAUUUUGAAAGAGCUGAAAUCUAUAAAAGACACGAUCACCAACCAGGACGAGCGCAUUUCCAAGCUGGAGCAGCAGAUGGCCAAGAUUGGGGACUGAGCGGGCGCAGCGCCGGCCCAGGCACAUUCCAGUUUCCCCAGUUCGGCAAGCAGCAGCGUGCAGCAUUCCAGUACGAGCUUUCCUGUUCUCCUAAAUUCACGUCAACGAGAGCUGAUGAUUAAAAGCCAAGCUUUUUAGUGAUUUUUUUUUUUUCCCUGAUGUUUUAAUGAAUUUAUGUGACUGUGUCAAACAAGUCAAGAAGAAUAAGUGCUACUUUUACAGUAUUUUUUUUUCCAGAUGUUAUGAAUUCUUGAAAACAAAUCCAUUCUGACUUUCAAUGUUGUGCCCAAAUAUCUUUUUCUAGAUGUAGGGACCAAUGCCACAUUGUUCUUAACCAUUUUUUAAAGUUGCCAAAAAAAAAAAAACCACACAAAAAAAAAGUUGCUUUUUAUUUUUCUUAUUUGCCACUUUGCAGUAUUUGUGUUUUAAAUGGAAAGGGACAGCACUGCGUGUGUGUGCGUGUGUGCAUGGUGGGUGUUUAUACUGUUCUCUGAACAAAACCGAAGCUAUUUUGUACAAACCCUCGAUUUUGAACAAUCAGGUCGGUUUGCUUUGCAUUGUGGCCGCGGAGACCGUACGAGCUGCCUUUCCUGCCUCCCUAACGCGUCCUCACAUGACAGUUUAACAGUUCCGAGUAGGGUGAUCCGUGCCACAAAAUGCCUCUGCUUCUACACCCUGAAGAACUUUCAAACUCGCAUCAUGUUGCCGUUUUAAAAUAGUCCUGCAUUUUGGAUUCCUCUCGCUGUGCCCAAACGGGCAUGUUAUACUCGCCUUUUUGUUAAUUUUAUUUUGAGGCAGGAGUUGCUGUUGUGCAGGAGAUGUGUGUGUAUCUGUGGAGGACACCGGAGUCCCCGGGGUGCCCGUUCCAUGCGCGCGUUCCAUGCUGUUUCUGCACCACCGCGCUCUUCAGCUCGUUGACUUUAAGAAAAGCUUUUAAAAAUCCGUCAGCUUGCGAUUCUCUGGCCCCUCACAAGUCCUGAAGUUAGGAAUUUAGACCCUCCUCCCAAAGCAGCAUCAGCGGUGGACGGGUGACUUUAUCAUGACGGGUCUCUGGAAAUAAAACGCCUCCGUAUUUUUUUUUCUCUGCAUCAUUCCUGCCUCUCCCACCCUGCUGGAAAACUUGGCAUGAAAUUCCAUGUUCCCGGAUCAAACUGGUGACCUCCAGACCCCCCGUCUUCAGAGCGGGAGGGACUGGGGAGGGUGGGUUUGAGGCCAGUUUGGGGCACUGGUUUCUCACCUGCUCCCUCAGGGAAGGGACCCCGUGAGCUCAUGGAAUUUCUUGUUGGUGCCUCUGCUCAGCAAACUGCGGCUCGGGGGGGUCUCCCCUGCGAGGGGGGUCCCUGGGGCAGGGAUGGGUCGGUGCCACCGUCCCAGUACAGCCAGUCCCUCCGGUGCCGGGGAAACCUCAGCAACUGGUGUCCACUUUAAAGCAGGCAAAGGCACUGGGGGUCUGACAGCUGCUGCACUGCCUGUCCCAGCUGGGAUCAAAGGGAGAAUGUCCCUUCGGCCAGGCUGAUCUGUUUUAUUGGUUUGUUUUGAUGUUUUUUUUUUUCCAUUAGGUUAGCUAGAAAUCCUCAAAUUCACCAUUUUUCCCAGUGUUUGCAUGUUCAGAACCUGCAGGUUGAGGACUGUGUUCUGAGGGAUGUCUGGGUGUGAAGGUGGAACCGCGAUGGAGCUGGAGAGGCAGCAGGACGGGACAGAGGAGACAGCGGAUGUGUUAGAGUUGUGUGGCGUGAAAGCUUCAGACAAGCAGGUUUUCUUUGUUCUGAGUGGCGAGCGCAGGAGGGCCGAGUGUCCACAUCCUGUGCCUGUGGCCACUGACGCUGGAUUCACGGGCCAGACGCUCUGCGUUAUUUGAAUGUUCGGUGACGUUUUUGUAUUGCAGUAAAUGGCUGAGAUGAUGUGUAUUUUUUUUUUUUUUUUUUUUUGUUUGUUUUAAAAAGCCACCAAACGCGAUGCUCCCCCAAAUGGUGAUCUCUGUGCUGAUUCGUAUGUGCGACUUCAGAGUUGUGUGCUUGGGGACCUUUUCUUGUUUUUCUAAUUGGAGGGAAAUAAGUUUUCUGAGACGCUGGAUUGCAAUGCCCGGAGAUCGGUGUGUGGUAGACGGUCCGAGGAGGGCGGAGGAAAAGCCGCCCUGGUUUUUCGUUUCUCGCCUGUAUUUUAUUUAAAUGAACUGAUGCCUAGCCAGGCUCAACCGGAGUCAGUGCCUGAAGCUUUUUGUAGCCGUGAUAUCCCAGAAGAGAACCAGCGAAGUCCUGAAAGAUGCGCUCUUAUAGAGCGGCCAUAGUAUCUGUCCAAAAAAAUAUUUGCUUCCAUUUUCAAAAGAUAAAAGUCAUUGAUUAUAAA